AAGUGAGGUGGGAGCGCGAAAAUGGCAGCGGCUGAGGAGGAGCCGAAGCCCAAAAAGCUGAAGGUGGAGGCGCCUCGAACGCUGAGUGAAAAUAUUCUCUUUGGAAUGGGAAAUCCUCUUCUCGACAUCACUGCUGUGGUGGAUAAGGAUUUCCUUGAUAAGUAUUCUCUUAAACUGAAUGACCAAAUCUUGGCUGAAGAGAAACACAAGGAACUGUUUGAUGAACUUGUAAAAAAAUUCAAAGUUGAAUAUCAUGCUGGUGGCUCUACCCAGAAUUCAAUUAAAGUGGCCCAGUGGAUGAUUCAGCAGCCACACAAAGCAGCAACAUUUUUUGGAUGCAUCGGGAUAGAUAAAUUUGGGGAGAUCCUGAAGAAAAAAGCUGCUGAAGCCCAUGUGGAUGCUCAUUACUAUGAACAGAAUGAGCAGCCAACAGGAACUUGUGCUGCAUGCAUCACUGGUGGCAACAGAUCCCUUGUAGCUAAUCUUGCUGCUGCCAAUUGUUAUAAAAAGGAAAAACAUCUUGAUAUGGAGAAAAACUGGAUAUUGGUAGACAAAGCAAGAGUUUAUUAUAUAGCAGGUUUUUUUCUCACAGUUUCCCCAGAGUCAGUUUUAAAAGUGGCUCACCAUGCUUCUGAAAACAACAGAAUUUUCACUUUGAAUCUGUCUGCACCAUUUAUUAGUCAGUUCUACAAGGAAUCAUUGAUGAAAGUUAUGCCUUAUGUUGACAUACUCUUUGGAAAUGAGACAGAAGCUGCCACUUUUGCUAGAGAGCAAGGCUUUGAGACUGAAGACAUUAAAGAAAUAGCCAAAAAGACACAGGCUCUUCCAAAGGUGAACUCAGAGAGGCAGCGAAUCGUGAUUUUCACCCAAGGGAGAGAUGACACCAUACUGGCUACAGUUCCAGUUUUCCAAAGUGAUGGUACCAGUUUAUACGCCCACCAGCAGCAUAUAGAAUGGCUUUUUCCCCCCACAUCUUCACCACCGUUUGCUGCUAUCCACCUUUUUAGUUUUGUCAUUCUGAAAGUGAAGUCACCGCUUUUGCUGUCUUGGAUCAAGACCAGAAAGAAAUUGUUGAUACCAAUGGAGCUGGAGAUGCAUUUGUUGGAGGAAUCUCAAGCAAGAACCAAAACUGUACAAGUUUUUACUGAGAGUGGAGCCAGAUGAUGAUUCUAGAUUCCAUCAGUUCUAGAGACCUCAACAGCAGAUAUUCAUGGAUCUUCACUCCAUUGCUUACACAGUAAUGUCACUCAGCUGCAGUGCAUGUCUGCUUCUUCCCUUCCUGGUCUUUCUGGUCCUUCUUUGCUUUCCAUUCUGGCUCCUGAAAGAGAACAACAGUAGGUUAGCUCAGUUCACUUUUUGUGCCAUUCAUAAAUGGGAUACUGGAAGAACAUCUGGGGUCAGGUGCCCUGGCCUUGGUCCAGUUAGCAGUAAGCGUUGAUUUACAUGCUCCAAAUACAUCAACUGACCCCCUCAACAAUGCUGGAGGUGAGGCAGUUUUUCUUAAAAGGGUAAUGGAUGGGUGGGCUCUAUACACAUGUAUGUUUGCAUGCUUUGUCUUUGCCCUUUUUCUCAUACUUAGAGGUCUGAAAAUGUUCCCUACAGCAUGAUCCAUCUAUCACACAAUAUAUGGAACAUCAAACAGCUUAUAUCUUAAGCUGGAAACCUAGGAAUCAUUCUUAAUACCUUCCUUUCCUUCUGUCCAAACCUUCAGAGAAUUCUUUUGACUCACUUUUAAGGAUAUAUCUCAUAUCCUAUCUCAAAUCCAUCCAUUUUUCUGCUUUUUCUUUUCUGCCACUUUAACUCAGGCCUGUUUUUUACUUACUACAGUAGCUUCCUAACUGAGCUCCAUACUUUCAGUCAUUUUUGUAUUCUAUUCCAUUUUCCUACACAGUAGACAAAGUACUCACUUUAAGGAGAAAUCAAAUUAUUUCACUCCACUGCUUACAACCCUUCAGUGGCUUCUAGUUGCACUUAGACUAAAAGUCUAAGCUCCUGUAGUGGCCUAAAAGGAUCUAUAUGAUCGGCUAUCUCUGAAUCUGUAUUUCAUGCCACUUUCACCUUUGCUUGCAUGCAGUGGCUAUGCUGGUCUUCUUUAAGGCCUUAGACACUUUGCACGUGGAGUUCCCUUUGUCUAAUAUGCUCUUCCCUACUCUACAUGGCUAUGUCUUUCCCAUCCUCAGUCUCAACUUAGAAGUGUUCUCUAACCAUCCUAUCUAACAUGGGUCCCUUCACUAUUCUGUACUGCUACACACAGUCGUUUUCCUUAACAGGACUUAACAUUCUCUGGAAUUAUCUUAUUUACUUUUUUAUUAUCUUAAUUACUAACUUAUUACUUCUUUAAAAAUUU